GCCUUUAACAGUCACAUGCAAAGGCAAUUCAGAAUAAACAACAAUGAAAACAAUCACCACUGCCUCCUUUCAGUGGCAUAUAUAAAGUUCAGCCAAUUAUUUCCUUUCCCUUGUUUGUUAUCCAAAGUUAGAGUAAAUGAAACUACGUGAAGACUAAGAUACUGAUAUUUUAGUUAGCAACCUUGCUGUCUCUAGUAGUUUCCAUGAUAUGAUUCACUUUGAGAUAUUAGCACCCAUGAGAACAGCACAAAAGUGACUGGUGCCCUACGAAAUUGUAGUGGUAAAGUGUGGAAUUCAAAGUGAGAGUCUUACCAGUUUGCUAAUUACAGUGGAGGAGAACAGAAGUAUACCUGUAACUUAAGCUGUCCUCCUGAGUCCUAGUCAAAGAAGUCAAGCAUGCCUGGUGCAAGCAGUGGUGAUGUUCAAGAGAAGCAGCUUGCGGCUGACACUGAAAAGGAGAAAAACCUGCUACCUGAUAGAAGAAACCAUGCUGGAAACCUGACUCUGCCUGAGAAGAAAGUCCAGGAGGCUAUUUGUGUGCUGCUGGUGGAGCUGUGUGAGAGGUUCACGUUCUUUGGCAUCGUCUGCAAUAUGAUCCUCUUCUGCACCGUCAGACUUGGCUAUCGCAACUACCAGGCUGCCAUUGUAAAUAUGUGCUUUGUGGGCACCUCCAUGCUGACGCCAGUGUUGGCUGGCUGGCUCGCCGAGUGCCUUGUGGGGCGGAUCAAGCUGGUGUGCAUCUGCAUGUUUCUACACUUCUUAGGCACAGCCCUGCUACCCAUUGUGGCUUUCCCUUUUGAAGAUAUCUACAUUGACAAACGACAUAUUCUUCUUCAUACACUAACCAAAAAGGAGCAGAAAAUAGUGUUCUAUUUUGCACUACUCACAGCUAGCCUGGGAAUAGGAGGCAUAAGAGCUAUAGUUUGUCCACUAAGUGCAUACAACCUUGAGAACUGUGGACCGAAGGAACUUCUUUCUUUUUUCAACUGGUUUUAUUGGCUGAUUAACUUAAAUUCAGCAGUUGUCUUUGUCAGCAUCUCUUAUAUCCAGCAAUCUGUGGCGAGAAAUCUUGGUUUUCUUCUCCCAUUUGUGUCUGUGCUUAUGGCCAUGAUCACAAUUCACAUGGUGCGUGGAGAAAUGAUUUACAAACCUAAAACAGACAGUUCCCUUCUGACAACUUUUGGGGUAAUUGGUAGUGCACUGAAAAUGUGCUGUGUGCGGUAUCGCUACUUUAGUGGAGAUGUAUCCAGCUGGUUAGAUCAUGCGAAGGAAUAUCAUGGUGGUCGGUACAGUGAGACCCAAGUGGAAAGUACAAAGUCACUUGCCAGGCUCUUCCCGUUGUUUGCUUUCCAAAUUCUUUACAGAACAUGCAUUAUGCAGAUUCCUUCAGGAUAUUAUCUCCAAACCAUGAAUUCCAACUUGAACUUCAGUGGAUUUGUAUUGCCAAUUGCUGCGAUGAAUGUGAUAAGCAUUGUGCCACUACUGAUUCUUGUUCCAAUUUUGGAAUGCAUUAACUCAUAUCUCUUCAGCUCCAAGGGAAGUGGACAUUCUCCAACAAUUUACAUUGAUUCAGCAAGAGACCACGAAGGAUAA